AUGUCUGUCCCUCCUGCUGCUCAGCUAAUCCCCCAUCUGGAGAAUAGAGGGGGCGUGUCCUGCCAUGCUCAAUCCAUGUUUUCUGUGAUGAAUGUGUUGGAACGUUUAUCCAGACAAAAAGGACUUACUGUUCAUGUUAGCCCCAGUGGGACCACCUGCUACAUAACAUCAAUGAUGUUUUAUGUAGAAAUUCAGCUGGAGGAGGAUGGAGAUGUGAUGGAUGUAAAGUUGGCUCACUUUGAAGAAGCUCCUGUGUCUCUUCCAGAUCAUCCAAAGCACUGUUACUUCAUAAACAAGGGCUCAGAAAAAUCAGUUGUAGCAGGAGCCUUGGUCAGUAAAAUCCCAUUUAGCCAUGCAAAGUGUGUGCCUGGUGUGAUAGAGAUUCUUCGACAUCAAGUGGCAUAUAACACUCUUAUUAGCAGCUGUGUCUCUGAGAAGCAUAUAAAUGAAGAUGAUUCAGAACUGCUUUACUUUGAAGUGGUACCACACAAGAACACCAGCUUUUCUGUCUUUUUCCUUCAUCCUGUGAAAGAGAAUUUAGCCUGUGUGGUAAUUGAUGUUAUAAGCUCUAGAGAAGUCCAAUGUCACCUUCAUUUAAAUCCUCAAGAUCCAACUCUAAAUUCUACUGAUGACUUCAUAGCAAGAGCUGUGAAACGUUGCAUGUCAGUCCCAGUUGUCAUGAGAGCUGUUUUCAGGAACGUUGCCAAGGUGAAAGCUGACAGUGAAACACAAGAUAUGGACGCAGAACAACCUGGACCACAGCUGGAGCAAACUACAGAUUCUGACAGUCUCAAAGAAAGCCUUUCUGGUGCUGGUCAGCAAGACUGGGCAGUGAAAGAUAAGCCAAAUGAUACAGAGACUACAGAAGAAAAUCUCUCUACAGCCAAACUGGAAACUCUGGGUGAUAACAUGGAAAAAAAGUAGCCCCUCACUAUACACUGAAACCUUGUGGAGGAAAGCAAUUCCAUAGCUAGUAUAGAAGCUGAUAUAACAGACAAAAACCUGAUGGUUUUAUAAGCAAAAAUGAAGCCUACUUAGUGAUUUGCACAUGGUAUCUCCUCUUUGCAGACUUUUAAAUAUGGGAAAGUAAUUCCCUUGAAUCUGCAUUUUAAAACAUCCAAAUCUGUAAAGUCUAACACUGUUCUAUUAACCUUUGUUUUGUCUUGUUACUGAAAAACUAAAAUAUCGUAGUGGUAAACAAGAUUCCCUCUAACACUGUCUUUUUUAUUGUUAGAGGGUAAGGCAUUACUUUAUUCUUGGUCAAGAGAUAGGUGUUCCUGACAAAGUUCAGCCUCAAUGCUGAUCCCAACACAAAACUUUUUUGCUUAUUUAUGCAUUUUUUGUGAACAGACAUUAAUGUUCAUUGGUUUAAUUUACAUAAUUCUCUUCAUUAAUUAGUAUUCUACCCCCUAUUAGUUAUUUAUUUCUUUCUCUUCAUGCUAAUCUGGUCCACAUCCUUUAUUCCUUCUUUUAUCUUUUUCUCCAACUUUCCAGGCCUUAAUCUCCUCCAUAUCUUCUGGUUACUCUAAUGUCCUUGAAGGGCCAUAAAUUUAAGAUCCCAGAGGCCCAAUCUUCAAAUUCCUUUGCUUUGUUCAUUGAAGACAGUCGGGCUUAGUUUUAACAAACUCAAGGUUUCAGUGAUUUAAUGAUCGAAGUAGGUCUGUGAAGAAGCUUAAUUGGUGUUGGCUAAAAGUGGGCACUGCUUACAAUUAGUUAAAACAACUAAUUAAAAAUUAGUUAGGAAAAUUAUAUAUAUAUUCCAACACUGCACCAUUUUCUACCAGAAUAUGGAAGAAAUCUGUAUUUUACAUGAUACAGUCUAUAACACAAUGCAGGCAUGUGAAGAAAAGUAAUGUUUAUCCUGUCAAUAUUAUGCUAAAUAAAUUGAAAAAACUUACUUGAAUGAUUUUUGUAUAUACACAAUUAAUGCAGACACCCCUCUUUUUCCACUAUUUCAUAAAUGCAUUCAAUCUAAUACUCUGAACUGCAGUUCUGCUUACUCCUAAAGGAGAAGUGGUACAGAAAGGAAACCAAAAUUACAGUCUGUCAACUCUGACAGGGUAAUGGAGUCUUUAGUAAGAAUGUUGUAUAAACUCAGGCUCUGAAAAACAAGGAAUUUUUGCCUUAGAUUUUUUCUGCCUUUAAGUAUGAAAUGGUUUUGUAUGGGUUUUUUU